AUGAAGUUGCUUUCGCGCCUUCGUCAAUAUUUUACCGAACCUGUGGACAUCCCUCAGAGUAAUGCUCCCGACCCAAAUACAAAUGCUCAACCUUUACACGGAGGAAUUGCAUAUCCUCCCGAAACCGCUCGUCCCAACGAAGAUGAGCCUUCUCCUUCAAGCAAAAAGGGUCCCACAGUUCGUGUGGUUCGUCACACUGUAUUAAAUCAACCAAACAACAGCUCUUACUCCUACUCAUCCAACGAUAGAAAUGUCGAGCUCACGUAUGGCGAAUAUGAGGAGCAACUCCCCACUGUCCUUGGCUGGCUUCGCUCACAUGUCACCGAUAACCUUGGAAGUCGAUCUCUUAACUAUGUGAAAUCCCUUUUUCCCAUCAUUCAAUGGCUUCCCAAUUACAAUUUCCAUUGGCUGAUUUUUGAUUUAAUUGCUGGUAUAACUGUAGGCUGCAUCGUUGUCCCCCAAGGUAUGUCUUAUGCUAAGGUCGCCGGUCUCCCUGCUGAAUAUGGUCUUUACUCUUCGUUUGUUGGUGUUGCCAUCUAUUGUUUCUUUGCCACUUCCAAAGAUGUUUCAAUUGGUCCCGUGGCUGUCAUGAGUUUAGUCACUUCAGAAGUUAUCAAAAACGUAUCCGCCAAAGAUCCCACGUAUACAGCUCCUCAAAUAGGUAGUUGUCUAGCUCUUUUAGCAGGAGCAAUCACCUGUGCUAUCGGCUUGUUGCGUCUCGGUUUUGUUAUUGAAUUUAUUCCUAUCCCCGCUGUUGCUGGCUUUACAACUGGCUCCGCACUAAAUAUUAUUUCAGGACAAGUUCCCUCAUUGAUGGGUUAUAAAAAACUUGUGAGCACACACGGCGCAACAUACCGUAUCAUCAUUGGUACCCUAAAAAACCUGCCUCAUACUAAGGUAGAUGCUGCUUUUGGACUUGUUAGUUUGUUCAUAUUGUACGUAAUUCGCUACUCAUGCCAAUUUUUGACUCGCCGUUAUCCAAGAGGUCAGCGAGUGUUCUUUUUGGUUAAUGUUUUGCGUAGUGCAGUUAUCAUUAUAAUAGGUACUGCUAUCUCUUACGGUGUGUGCAAAGGUCGCCGAGAGAAUCCCCCCAUUUCAAUUUUGCUCACCGUUCCCAGAGGCUUCCAACAUGUUGGUGUUCCAACAGUAACUAAAAAGCUUUGUGCUGAUAUGGUUUCUGAGUUACCAGUGUCGGUAAUUGUCUUACUUCUGGAGCAUAUCUCAAUCGCUAAGUCUUUUGGUCGUGUUAAUGAUUACAAAGUUAUCCCCGACCAGGAACUUAUUGCAAUGGGUGUUACGAAUUUAAUUGGUGUUUUUUUUAACGCAUACCCAGCAACUGGCUCCUUUUCUCGUUCCGCAAUCAAAGCUAAAUCGGGUGUGCGCACCCCAUUAGCUGGAAUCUUUACGGCUGCAGUUGUAAUUUUAGCUUUAUACUGUCUCACCGGAGCAUUUUAUUAUAUCCCAAAUGCUGUUUUAUCAGCUGUAAUUAUCCAUUCUGUCUUUGAUCUAAUUCUUCCCUGGCGCCAGUUGGUCCUCUUUUGGCGUAUGCAGCCCCUUGAAGCUAUAAUUUUUUUAGCAUCUGUUUUAGUAUCUGUUUUUUCGUCCAUUGAAAAUGGUAUUUAUACGGCUGUUUGCUUAUCUGCUGCUUUAUUGCUGUUCCGUAUUGCCAAGCCUUCAGGUUCAUUUUUGGGAACCCUGAAAAUAGCAAAUAAGAGUCUUGGUGGUGACGAUGUUGGUGUUAUCCGUGAUAUUUAUGUGCCACUUGACCAGCAAGGCGUUAAUCCGAAUUUGGUUAUUCGUGACCCUCCUCCUGGAGUGUUAAUAUUUCGCUUACAGGAAAGCUUUACUUACCCAAAUGCUCAACACGUCAAUUCGAUGCUUACUUCAAAGGCGAAAGACGCUACACGACGAGGAAAAAGCACUCAAAUCAAGAAAAAGCAGGAUAGAGCUUGGAAUGAUCCUCCACCAAAAAAACAAAAGAAAGGCGUUAAAAUUGAAGAUAGACGACCUCUUCUUCGAGCUAUUAUUCUUGAUUUUAGUGCCGUAAACCAUAUUGAUACAACAGGAGUGCAAUCUCUUGUGGAUACUCGCAAAGAAUUAGAAAAUUAUAGUGGUGAUGAAGUUGAAUUUCAUUUUACUGACAUCAAUAGCGGUUGGAUUAAACGAACUUUGAUUGCCGCCGGUUUCGGAAAGCCUCGAGAUGCAACCAAGUACACAAGUCGGUCAAUUGAAGUUGGUAGUGCUGCACCAUUACGCGACAUUGAAAACCCCAUGGUCACUGAUUCAUCCCAACUGUACAUGCCAAGUACAGUAAGAAUGAAUAGACCACAGCGUCAAUUCGAUGAAGAAGCAGCAAUCGAAAACACAACACCAGCUAAUGAAUACGAUGAUGGAGAAGAUUCGGAUUCCCUUUCUAAUCCUGAUGACAAAAAGGGUGGCGGUAAUCAAUUGCAAUCCGCUUUCUCACAUAAGGAAUACUGUCCUGUUAUUUCGACGAAAAAUCCGUUCUUCCAUGUGGACGUUACUAGUGCGAUCGUAGAUAUUUCUCAGAGAAAUGUCCUUGACGUGAACUAUAAUCCACAUAUAACACAAACAGAAAUAGAAACAGAUACCGAUAAUGCGGAGUCAGUCGCAGUGGAACAAAACAAAGAUAAGCCUUCCACAUAA